UGCAACCCUCCAGCCGCAGCACCUACAACACACAAAUCAUAAAGCACAAUGGGUGAAGGCCCUGUUGUUGCUAUCAUCCGUGGCCUUAAGGUACACAUUCGAGUUCUCGACAGAUUCUUGUAUAACAAUGGCUGCCACGACACCAAAGGCUACCCACCCUUCUACGAGGAAGAUCCAGACGAGUUCUCAACACUUUUGCGUUCAAGACUCAGUGGAAAUAACUCAAGGACAAGGCUGUUUAUUCCAGCAAGAACAGACAAUGAUCAAAGCAAAUUUGGCUAUGUAGCCUGGGCCUACAACAUGGUAUAUGCGCAGAAGGAGGUCCGUCUUGAAGAAGACCUCCCUAUGGACCCUCCAGAGGGGUGGGAUGCUCUAAAGGAUGAAAUUCUAUCAUUCAGUACUAGUGAAGACACGACUUUGGAGGCAUUUGGUCACGGGAAAACGGGUAUUUUCGUUAUUGUCUGUGAGGAGAGGAGCUACACCCCACUUUCGAUUCACCAAAGACCUUCUCACUGUGACCAAUGCGAAGCUGUACUGGACUCAUUUAUCGACCGCCAAAGCCAUCGUAUAAUGGAGCACGGAUCGGAUGAAGGCUUCGACCCGUUGCCAGAUGACGAAUAAUUACAUCAACAGUGUGAUCAUUUUCGUUACCAUUUAUGGCUGCAUGUAUUCUACUAUCAAAUGACAUAUUUUCUACUAGUUGGUUUACAUUAAUCCGCCUGGUCCAAGGCCUCAAACGUUGCACCAGCUGAUGACA